CAGACGAGGAAGUCUUGGUGCGGAUGUGUUCUUAUCAUCCUUCACAAAACUACACGCACCGCCGCCUUUAUUCUUGUCCAGUCGAACGCAAAGCCUUUAAAACGGAAAAGACUCUGGAGAUGGCCGAGGAGCAUGCUCACUGCAUGUCCUGCGUCAACCAAAGAUGCAUGUUCAGACCUCAGCCGGGCGUUUCCUGCGAUCUCACUGGCUGCCCGCUGGUGUGCGGCGCCGUGUUUCACUCAUGCAAAGCUGAGGAGCACUACCUCCUGUGCCCGCUGCUGAGGGUACCCUGCCUAAACAGCGCCUACGGCUGCCCCGCCACCAUGGCACGUAACCAGAUGUCGGCGCACCUGGAGGUGUGUCCAGCCGGGGUGGUGUGCUGCACCAUGGAGUGGAACCGCUGGCCAGUCAGCUGCACGGACUACUCCUCGUACGAGCGCUUGAGUCGCGGUGUGGAGGAGGAGGAGCAGCUGGACAUGGCGCUCGCACUCCAGGACCAGCGCACUCUGUUGGAGUCGCUCAGGUUGAUCGCCAUCGCGCCCACCGUCCAGAGGGGUUCGCUCGGCCCUGCGACUAAGAUUGCCAGGUUGAUGGAGCCGGGAUCGUCCGCCUCGACGGAGUUGCGAGCGGCAACGGCGAGAGAGCGGAUCGCCAACGGUAUAAACGGACUGAACGAGCAGCAUUACAGCAAACUGUAUGAGGCCACUCUGGAGACAGCGAGGAGCUUAGCCACUGCUUUGGAGCUGGUUAGCGGUGCCAACUCAUCCGAUAGCCGGGCGGAAGGCUUGCGAGCAGAGGCCGCUCUGCAGGCCGGCGGACUGGACAGACCGGUGCAGCGUCUAAACGGACAAAUUGCAGACGAGGCUACGGAAGAAGAAACUAGUUUGUUAACAAAUGGCUGCCUGGAGAUAGUUACACAAAAGGACACGGUUGCGUCUCAGGAUGUGGUGAUGUCUACUUUGGAAGACAGCAAGGAGACGGCGCAGAGGAACUUAGGCGCCGCGUUGGAGGCGGUUAGCAGUGCGAACUCAUCCGGUAGCCGGGCUGAAGGCGUGAGAGCAGAAGCCACUCUGCAGGGGAGCAGACUGGACGGAGCGAUGCAGCUUCAAAACGGACGAACUGCACACGAGGCUGUGGAAGAAGAAACUAGUUUGUUAACAAAUAACUGCUUGGAGACUGUUGCACAAAAGGACUUGGUUGCGUCUCAGGAUGUGGUGUGUGUCCCUUUGAGGGCUCAUGUGGUGUUGCAAGAAACGGGGCUGGUCUUAGAAAACCACAAGCCACAAGAGUGGAUGCUCCCUAGGAGCCAGACUCCUGUCAGUCAGUGUCAAUGGGAAACCAAGACAGACGAUAAAGCGGUGGACACCUCGGAUCUGGAGCAGGAUGAUGACCCCGUGCGACUCGGAGAAAUGGAUCCCAUCACAGCCGCCCUGAUCUUCUGCUUAGAGGAGUCCAGAGACUGCAGAAGGAUCUCAGAUCCGCUCCGCGUGGACGGCGACCACGUCCACUUGGGCACGCAGACGUUUCCGUUCCCGGCGGCCAUCCUGGUCACGAACACAAGGGUCGGGGACGUGGCCUCCGCGUCCGCCUGCGACCACGCCGCGCUGCAGAACUCCAGCUCCCUCCGCCUCGGCUACGUUCAGGAACACUUGGAGUUUGCGGGGGUUCCGCAUCACUACUGCCUCCCCAACAACGCCCGCUACCAGCACACAUUUCCGUUUGUGUGCGCGCAGUCCUUUCGCCGAGACGAGUUUUCCUCGCAUUUCACCAACGUCCAUGGUGACAUUCACGCUGGGCUCAACGGCUGGAUGGAGUACCGCUGCCCGCUCGCUUUUUACGGCUGCACUUUCUCCCAGCGGCGGUUUUACCCCACCGCCCCGGGGGCCAAGGUGGUCCACGACUCACACCUGAGGGCCUUUGGGGUGCAGCCUCAUCCCGGAGCCAAACUCUCCUGUGAUUCACAGUCGGACCAGUUCAGCGGGCUGCCCAACGAGAUACUGUGGCACAUAGCUGGCUUCCUAGACAGCUUCAGCCUGUGCCAGCUGUCUUUGGUGUCACGGACCUUGAGGGAGGUAUGCGCCAGUCUUCUCCAGACCAGAGGAAUCGUGGAGCUGAGGUGGGAGAAGAGGCAAUGCUCUGGUGAUCACAAGACGGCAUCAUGGCAGGUUAAACACAAAGUGUGGCGGUUCAGCACUGCCUUCAGCCCGGUGCUGACGUGGGGCUUCACGGACAUCCCCAGCAUGUCGAACCACCUUAAGAAGUGCCAGUACAACACAAUGGAGCACCGGACCGAGCCAGUGCCCCUCCCCGCCAUGUGCCCGGCGCAGAACGGAUGCUGCCUGCGCCGUGCCCUGCGCCACGUCAACACUUGACCACGCUCCCAACAUAUCAACUCUCACAAGGAUUUUUGUUUGUAUGGGAUUGUAGAAAAAUGUAAGCCCUGUACCUGAAACGCACUCCAAAAGGAAUGGGAACACACUAAAUGGUUGAAAAAUAAUUCAUGUAGUGUAUAAUUCCCACAGGAACUGUCAAUUAAAAAAAAAACUGAAAUAAAAAUACACUACUCACAAAAAGUUGAGAUAUUUGGCUUUCAGGAGAAAUUAACGUAAAUGUUUUCACAUGAUUUAGGUCCCUUCUGAAAUUUUAUAUGAAAGUCCAAUAUCCCCAAUUUAUCUAUUUAAGUACACUUAAUUGCUUUAAAUAACACCUCACUGCCAAUGUGACUCACUUAUUUGAUGAACGAAAUGUGAAACAUCACGGAAUUGUUUUACUGCAAAAUAAAAUAUGCACAAUAAUAGAUUUCUAUGUGAUGUACGAAGAAAGUGUAUUGCACAAAUGAUGACAGAACAGUCUGUUUGUCUGUUUAGCCUUGCUUGAAUGUUAACCCAAUAUAUAUAUAACCCAAUAUAUAACCACGGUUAGUUUUACUGCAUUUGUUUCACGUUUAUGGUCUGUCAAAAAGAAAUAUAGGCUACCUCGUGGCUUAUUUGUGAACCAUCGUGUUUGUUCCCUUAUGAAUCUGUUUUGAAUCAAAUCAUCAUUAUUAUGAAAAACUAUUAGCUGUACGGGCAGUGUUUCGAGUCACAUUUAACCUGCCAUACAUGUAAAAAUAAGUUAACCACUUAAUAAUUUAUACUCCCUAUUCAGAUCUUUAAUGAUGCACGAUGGAUGAUUCAAAGGGUAAGCGGUAUGGAAAAUGGAUGGAUGGAAGAUCCUGUUACUUCCACAUGGAAAAUGAAAUGUGCAUGUAUAGGCCUACUGUACAUUAUUUACAAUACAUAAAUGUAUAAUGUACACUGUUAGUAAUUGUUAAUGUAAAUGUUCUCCAAAAGGCUAACAGCACCUGGUAUUCCCAAGCAGUCUCCCAUCCAUGCACUAACCAGGCCUCACCCUGCUGAGCUUCCAAGUUUGAGCAUUUUCAGUUAGUAGGGCCAUAAGCCAAUGUGAAAUUAUGUUUUUCAUGACAAAACUCACCAUCUCAAGCUAUGAGUUUGUAUAUGACAAUUUACUGUACAGCGCUUUUAAGGGUUUCAGAUUUAGGACGCAUUGCAACCAAACCAACUUCGUACAGACAAUCAAAAGUCCAUAACCAGGCACUAUUCACGCCCACAGCCAACGUAAACAGUUUUGUAUGACUUCUGUAGAAGCAGCUAAAACAAUAGAUUUUAUUAGUUAUACAUACACUGGCUUUUAAUAUAUAUAUAUAUUUUUUAAACCCAAAAUUAGCUUAAAUUAACAAUUGUACUGCCUCAAAUGUUCAAAUUUGGAGGUUCCACAGCAUCAAACUGGGGAUAUAUGGUAAACACCAGCAGCAAGACUCAACGUAUUAUUUUUAACAACACACGAGAGAGAACAUGAUUUGACUGCUCAGAGCAACAGUUUCACAACAUCGAUAAUAUUGUCAACAUGCAUUCAGCUGCACAAAAGAA